AUGAAUUUUAGGAAAAGUCCCGAGUGGGCGCAGCGCUGGGCUGUGCAGCCCGCGUCAGCCAAGUCUGGUUUUGGCCUCCUGACCCAGACAGCUCUGGGCGCGAGGGAGUUCGCGGCCGAGCCCGGGUCGCGCCGCCCCGAGGCGCGGGGCCGCCUGCCAAGAGUUCGAGGCCGCCCCGAUCCGGAUUGGAAGGGGGAAAGAGAAGCAGAGGGGGCUGAAAGUCCUCCUCGGAGCAGAGCAGGCCAGAGUGAGCUGGCUGAAAGAGGGGGCGGAGUGCGCGAGUCACCGCCGCCGCAGCAGCUGCAGCCACUGCGACGUCUGGGCCGAGCCCAGCGGGGCGGGAGGGACGCGCAGGGCAGCCGCCGCCGUCGUCAGGCCACCGAAGCAGUCAGCUCCCUGCACCCUAACAGGCCUCGCUCGGUGCGCCCCGCGGGCGGCGCGCGGGCGGCGGCGCGGCCCAUGUCCGGCGCGGGCGAAGCCCUCGCUCCCGGGCCCGCGGGGCCGCAGCGCUCGGCCGAGGCGGGCGGCGGCCGGCUGGGCUCCCCGGCCCAGGAAAAAUGUAAUAAAGACAAUACUGCAAAAGAUAUAACUCAAGCUGCCCACAGCCACUUCACACAUGAAGAGAUGCAGGACCAAUCCAUUUGGGGAAAUCCUUCAGAUGGUGAACUUAUCAGAAGUAAGUAUUUAUAGAAAAUUUAAGUGACUCAG